GAAAAACACGAGCUGACCCUGAACGCACCACCGCCGCAGCUCGGCUGGACGAAACCAAAGGACCAAACGGCUGCCGCUGCAGUGGCGUUCGCUGUGUCCCAGGGGAGAUUUCGUCGCGAACGAGGCUAAUUAUUCAGAAGAAACUUCGUUCUGAACCGAAGUGAGGAAGAUGUCGGCCCUUCACAAAGAGGAACAGGAGGACUGGCUGACUGUGUGCCUCAAAUAUCUGCUUUUUAUCUUCAACUUUCUCUUUUGGAUGGGCGGAGCUGCUGUUUUGGGUGUAGGAGUCUGGACGCUGGUGGAGAAGAGCGACUACUUGAGUCUGCUGGCGUCAAGCACCUUCGCCGUCUCUGCAUACAUCCUCAUCCUGGCUGGAAGUCUGGUGGUGGUGACUGGCUUUUUGGGUUGCUGCGCCGUCAUCCGGGAGCAGAGGAGCUGUUUGUCUGUGUAUUUCUUCUCCCUGCUGGUUAUCUUCCUGAUUGAACUGGUGGCUGGCGUACUGGCGUAUGUGUACUAUCAGAGGCUGAGUGAGGAGCUGAAGCUGCAUCUGAACCAAACCAUGACAGAGAAUUAUGCUCAGCCUGGGAUGGAGGCCAUCACAGCAGCCGUGGAUCGACUGCAAGAAGAUUUUAAAUGCUGCGGCAGCAACAACUCCCAGGAUUGGGCGCACAGCGUGUACAUCUCAUCGAACGCGGCAGAGCAAAGACUGGUUCCCGAUAGCUGCUGUAAGACUAUCACCCCCGUGUGUGGAAGGAGAGACCACCCCUCCAACAUCUACAGGGUGGAGGGGGGUUGCAUUACUAAGCUGGAGCAGUUCCUAGCAGACCACUUGUUAGUCAUUGGAGCUGUGGGCAUCGGAGUGGCUUGUCUCCAGCUGGUCGGGGCAUUCUUGACAGCCUGCUUUAUAUAUCUGCUCUAUAAAGAAGAGGAGGAGGAGUUUGGUGCAUUGUAAUUUGGCUCUAGAGCAUCUUGGUGAUUUAAAUCAAGGUUGGAGGAUCUGUGGGAUGGUGUUCACCUGCUGCUUGUACAGACGGAUCAAGACCGACCCUUACUGAACACCAGGAAGCCGACACUCCUGUGACUUCUUCAAUUCUGAGUUGUUGAUUCGGGUCACAGAAGUGAGAAACUAAGCCGGUGCUUGAAUAGCCAGGUCUUUCUUUUAUCAGAGUCAGCUUGAAUUAGCUAACGAGAGCGUUAUCUUUUUAAUGUAGCUGCCUUGACUUAAGUGCAUGCUUUAAUGUGAGCAAAAUCAUUUAAGUAAAAUUGCCUUUAAUGCAAAACUCUAUGUAAUAGGUUGAAGUAGCUGAGUAAAGGCACCAACAUGAAACACAAUGUGCCUCCGUCAUAAAGCUGCUGAUGUAUAAUCGAAUUGUGCCUAAAAUCUGCUGAAAUGACACUGAAAAAAGAUUUAUAUUUGUACUCAAUAUCUAUUACACUUUAUAAUACAGCUUUAAGUGUUUGUGAGAAAUCAAUAAGGAAUCAGUGCUUUAGAACAGAUGAUAGAAAAUGGGCAAAAUCACUUCCUAAUAUACGACUCCCUCUAGUGGCAACUCAUGUGCACUACACAUAAAUACACCUUUGUUCACCCAUCUAUCUGUUCUAUCUGCUCUGUUCUUUUGCUUUGGAGGGAUUUUUGUGCCAAGCAAAAGAAGACUGAAAAGAAACAUCUGAUUGGAUAGAAUAGACCAAUCAGCAGGCUCAAACGUAACGCCUAAAAUGAAACUUUGGAAUGCAAAAUCAAAGAUAACGUGAACGCGAGAUGAGGCACUCCGCUCGAAAAACGUCUGUGCUGCAAUCGCAAAAAUAUUUUUUGAAAGCAAAGAAAAAAGUUUAAGAAAGCAAAAAUUCAAAAUUAUAUAUAUAUUUUCUUAACACUUUACAUUUUGUUUGCAAUUUAAAAAAAUUUUGAUCUAAAAACUGCGACUUUUUUCUGCAAUAUCACAAAAAUCACUCCAUACUUUUCAGGGCGUACAUGAAAUGUAUCCCAGCCUAUCGGUGUGAAGGUGGGACACGCCCUCCAUGUCAGGAGUCCCCAUCCCCCGUUGGUGCUGCCACAGAGAAAAAAAAAACGACUUACACUCUUUUGAAAAUAUACAUUUGAUUUAUUUAAAAAAUGUCAACUAUUACAAAAAAUGACUUUGAAAAAACUAAAAAUCAAUGCAAUCAUCUUUUAUAAAACAAAAGUCACAAACUGAAUUCACUAAAGUCAUGUUUGAAAAGGGGCUGGGCAGAAGAUAAUGUUUAUGUAAGCCUUUCCUUUUAUGUCUUUUUCAAGAAUUCAAAGAAUUCACAAUAUAGAAAUCUAAACAAAGCAAUAUUCCAGGAACUUUCAAUUUUUGUUCUUUUCACCGUAAAUCCUGUAAAUUGUUAUCCACAAUUACCAUUUCACCAAAAAAAAUGUCAUUUUUAUUUGUAAUCUUCUUUUGAAUGAACUUUUAUUUUGGAAAACUUUUGGAUUUUCUCCUCUGCUUCUGAUUCGUUCUUGUCAAGUCACUCGGUCGUGUGUCAAAAAUCCAUCUGCUUCUUUUUUUAAAGCGUCAAAUUGAGAACCACAAGGUCGCAAAGUUAACAAAAACCAAACGUUUCUUUGAGCAGAAAAUAGCUAGUAAGGUAAUGAAGAGCUUUCGACUUCAAAAUAAAAUAUUUCCUUAUUUACGAGGCUAAAACUAAGAGUCUUUACUCCAAAUAUGGAUUUAUGGUGACAGUCGUUCCAACACACUAUAAUAAUACUGCAUCAUUUUCAAUUUUUCUUUUUUGUUUUUAUCCGUCACACGUUAAAAGUCGGACGGGGCUGAAUUCUCUAGCCUCAAACGUUACGGGAAACUGAAAACUUAAAAAAAAAAAAAAAAAUGGACGCCCAUUUUAGCCUCGUACAGACCGGUCCAUGAAAAUAUUGUCUGACAUUAAAAACAUUGGGGACCAUUUAUCUAAGUAAAAGAAAAAAUUAAUUUUUUUCACAGCCAUUUAUAUUAUACUUUUUCAUGUUUUGUGCUUUAUUUGUUCACGAGAGUAUGCUAUAUUCUCAGGGGAGACUUCUCAUAUUAUUUAUUAAUUGAUUGAUGUUUAGAACGUAUUUUACUGAUAUAAUAAACAAAGCAUUUUUAUGAAUGAGUUGAUGUUACACUGCUGUAUUUACAACAAACCGAACCAAAUAAAAUGUUGACAAAUGA